GCUCCGCACAGUCUCAGCGCAUUACCUCCCCAAACUCUCGCAGGAGUCGCACGCAGCCCAGCAGCGGGACUACAGCCAGAGGAGACAGUGGACUUAUUGCAGAGCGCUUGUUUCCUGCGUCGCUGUCGCUGUGCGUUUCUUCAUGAACUGAGUGUUGCCUCGCACUCCGGUUAGCAAUCAUUCAGUGGCUGCAAAGACACAUCAUGAGCUCUACUUGUGAGUGCUUCUGCAGGAUGUUCCGGCUGCUGGUGACGGUGGCACUCCUGUCAGGGUGCAGGGCGUCAGAGUACGAGUACUUGCCCUGGAAUACGCCCGUCUACGGCAAGUCGCCCCAGUGCGUGGACAUUCCGGACGACCUGCGGCUCUGUCACAACGUGGGCUACAACCGGAUGAUGCUGCCCAACCUGCUGGAGCACGAGACCAUGGCCGAGGUGAAGCAGCAGGCCAGCAGCUGGGUGCCUCUGGUGCACAAGAACUGCCACCCGGACACGCAGGUCUUCCUGUGCUCGCUCUUUGCUCCCGUGUGCCUGGAGCAGCCGAUCUACCCGUGCCGCUGGAUGUGCGAGGCCGUGAGGGACGGCUGCGCCCCCAUCAUGGAGGCCUUCGGCUUCCCCUGGCCGCAGAUGCUCACCUGUGACAAGUUUCCCGAAGGUGAAGUGUGCAUUGCCAUGACGACACCCAACGCCACGGAGGUUACAAAACCCACAGGUUACUCUCCCAUCUGCCCUCCAUGUGACAACGAAAUGAAAACAGACACCAUUCUUGAGCACUUGUGUGCCAGCGAGUUUGCUUUCAAGGCCAAGAUCAAGGAGGUAAAGCGAGAAAACAUGGACCGUAAGGUGAUCCUGCAGAAGAAGAAGAAGAUGUUGAAACCGGGAAACCUGAAGAAGAAGGACACAAAGAAGUUAGUGUUGUACUUGAAGAAUGGUGCUGACUGCCCCUGCCAGCAGCUGGACAACUUGGGAAACCAGUAUCUAAUCAUGGGCCGCAAGGUUGACAAGCAGUACCUCCUCACAGGCAUCCACAAGUGGAACAAGUCCAGCAGAGAGUUCAAAAAUGCCAUCAAGAAAAUGAAGACCUACAAAUGUCCCGUAUUUGAGAAUGUUUUCAAAUAAUGUGACCUACCCCUUCAUCACUGGUCGCACCUCAUCAUACAUAUGAACUGGCACAAGCAUUCCCAAACUUUCUGUUGUUCUCUUAAUAUAUCUCUAUGUCUUUGUACAUUUGCAGAUAGCCGAUACUGUGGAAUGUCUGUCGUGUUAUGUUGAAGAUGUGACGACACACAAAUCGAAGGGUUGGGUUUUCUUUUUUUCCCGCUUCAACUUAAAAGGACAUUGUAGUAAAAGCCCUACCUUGCUGAAAUCAUUUCCAGUAUAUAGAUACUUCAUUCACAUGCUUUCUCAAAAGGUCUGUGGAUUAGUUGUGCAUUUUGGGAAAAUAUACAUACUUCUUUUUUUUUGCUAGCAAUUAGAGGAGAAGUCUAACACCACUUUCCAAGAACGUGUUUUUGUGUGUGUAAAUUUGAAGCUAAAGCCAGUAAACUGUUAGCUUACCUUUUUUUUUUUUUUUUUUUUUUUUUAAA